GAUCCCCCGCUUGGGAUUUCGCUCUGUUUAAACCCGUGUUAAUUAAACCGUAAUGAGUUAGAAACGGGAGAAAACAAGUGCAGGGAAGGGCUGGGAGCUGUGCUAGCUAACAGCCAGGAAUAGAAACUGCUCGUCUGUCUGUCUCUGCUCAUUGAAUUAUCUGUAAUCUUAUAACGGACAGACCGAAGACAAGCUGCGGUCUGAAGGGACAAAACAAGCCGAGUAAAAGCAACCAUACUGGGGGCUGCUCCAGACGUCUUCCCCCCUGUCUGUGAGGUUUAUUUUUAGCUAGCGUUAGCUAACCAACAGAUGAGAGGUGACAGCAGCAGCACAAACAGGUUCCUGCUGUGUGAAAGCCUGCAGAUCAGCACCAGAUCAGUGCUGAGUGCUGGACGUGAUCUGCGUUUCUUGGGGUUGUGUGUCAUGUUAGGAUUGCUGUUUGCUGUUUUGUGUGUGUGUGUGUGUGUGUGUGUGUGGUGUGUGUGUGUGUGUGUGUGUGUUUUGUUGGUUGCUGGGUAAUUUCUGGCCUCCAGCUCAGCAGACAGAAAUAAAGCUUGUGUUCAGUUCAGUCAGAGGUCAGUUGGCCUCUCUUUGGUCUUUAAACGUCUCUAUAAUGGAUAAUUUGAGGCUCUCAGCUCAAAAAUAUGACACAAGAAAAGCUUUGUACCAUAUAUGAGCUUGAUAAACACAAGCUAAGGCUCCUCAGGACUGUUAAAGCUGAUAUAGUUAGCUGAUAUUCCUGCUGGAGCUCUGUGUUAGCUCAAACUGCUAAUGUUUCUAUUUAUGCCAUUAGAAGACAUUUACUCUGUUUGCGCUUUCUAGCAUCGUGUUGCUAUGUGAUAUAUUUCUAAUGUUUUAAAUGUAAAUAUAGAAUAUUUUUGUUGGUUGGAGACUGUUGUCAUUUAGCAAUAGAUUGUUGUAGUAGUGAGAUUUCAGUUAGCAUUUUGCAGUGUUAGUUUGUAACACAUCCAGUUCUUUCGUCUCCCUGAAAUAAGUAGGUGAAGCUGUAGAGACAGACGAGGAGAGACAGAGAGAUGUGGGCAGCGUAUCAGGGAUUAUCAGGCUAUAUUAAACCCUUCAUCCUCCUUAGACUGAGUCAACCUGCAGGAGCCACAGCCUCCAGACCAGACCAGACCGGAUCACUGUGGCCCGGGUCAGUCCGCUCCAGCCUGCAGCGCACGUCACACCCGCUUCCUACCCUCAAUUAAUCUGUCCACUCAGUGUCCACCUCAUUAGGCAAAGUGGGCGAGCCAGUCUACUCCCCGGGUCACAGUGGCUCUCAGACGACGUCACCUGUCGCCCUGCCGCGGCUUCGCAACAACAACCACAACCCGCUGACGGGAGGCUCUAAAGCCGCCAUGUCGGACGCCGUCCAGCUAUCAUCGCAGUCGCAGGUCCACGUCACCCAGCUGUACGAGGAGAACACCAACAAGCGCCCGGUCCUCACCUCCCAGCCCAAUGGCCUGGCUCCGCUCAGCUCCACCCGGCCGGGGCUGCCGCUGCCGGACCGCCAGACCUCGGCCACAGAGCCCGCCCACCACUGCCGGCAGGGCAGCGCCGCCUCCAACAAGUCGUCAGACGGCAAGCCAAAGCCCACCUCGCUGACCCCGGAGCAGGCCAUGAAGCAGUUCAUGGCCAAAAUGUCGUCGUUCGAGCACCACGAGGUGUUCAACUACCCAGAGGUGUAUUUCAUUGGUCCAAACGCCAAGAAGAGGUCGGGGGUCAUGGGCGGAGCCAACAACGGUGGCUACGACGACGAUCAGGGAUCCUACAUCCACGUUCCACAUGACCACAUCUCGUACCGCUACGAAGUCCUCAAGGUCAUCGGCAAGGGCAGCUUCGGACAGGUGGUGAAGGCCUUCGACCACAAGUCUCAGUCCCACGUGGCUCUGAAGAUGGUCCGCAACGAGAAGCGCUUCCACCGGCAGGCAGCGGAGGAGAUCCGCAUCCUGGAGCACCUGAGGAAGCAGGACAAGGACUCGAGCAUGAACGUCAUCCACAUGCUGGAGAACUUCACCUUCAGAAACCACAUCUGCAUGACCUUCGAGCUGCUCAGCAUGAAUCUGUACGAGCUCAUCAAGAAGAACAAGUUCCAGGGCUUCAGCCUCCCGCUGGUCAGGAAGUUCGCCCACUCCAUCCUGCAGUGUCUGGACUCGCUGCACAAGAACCGCAUCAUCCACUGCGACCUCAAGCCCGAGAACAUCUUACUGAAGCAGCAGGGCCGCAGCGGCAUCAAGGUCAUAGACUUUGGUUCCAGCUGUUAUGAGCAUCAGAGAGUUUACACCUACAUCCAGUCCAGGUUCUACCGAGCACCAGAGGUCAUCCUGGGCUCCAGGUAUGGGAUGCCUAUCGACAUGUGGUCUCUGGGCUGCAUCCUGGCUGAGCUGCUGACCGGGUACCCGCUGUUACCGGGCGAAGACGAAGCUGACCAGCUCUCCUGCAUCAUCGAGCUCUUGGGCAUGCCCAGCCAGAAGCUCCUCGACGCCUCCAAGAGGGCCAAGAACUUUGUGUCAUCCAAAGGUUACCCACGGUAUUGCACCGUCACCACGCUGCCCGACGGCACCACCGUGCUGAACGGCGGCCGCUCACGGCGAGGGAAGGCACGCGGCCCGCCGGGCAGCAAGGACUGGAGCACGGCGCUGAAAGGCUGCGACGACCCACUGUUCCUGGACUUCCUCAAACAGUGUUUGGAGUGGGACCCGGCUCUCAGGAUGAUGCCCAGCCAGGCGCUGCGCCACCCCUGGCUGAGGAGGCGACUCCCCAAGCCGCCAGCAGGAACCACCACGGGAGAAAAGACCUCCUCCUCCAAACGUGGCACCACCACCACCGACGGCGCCAUCACCUCCAUCUCCAAACUCGCCACCACCUCCUCAACCACCACGUCCUCCUCCUCCAAAACCAGGACUAACUUGGCAGCGAUCACCGAUGCCAACGGAAACAUCCAGCCACGGACGGUUCUGCCCAAGCUGGUCAGCUGAGAGUGAACGCACCCCGCUCGCUGUGGUGGGAGUCGUAAUGUGCGCUCACGAGCAGCCGUGAGCAGCCAGCAGGAACUGAAUACAGCCGGUCCGUCCGGUUUUAAAGAGCGUUUGGUUUUUUUCACGCUGGUUUUCACAGCGUUAUUGGAGUGCGUUCAGGACAGAUACUCGGCGUUGGGGUGUGAAAAUGUGCAGAAUGCCCGGGCCGGGCUGAGAGCCGAGCUGACGGGGGUGCGUUCAGAAUCUUCAGUCUUGCCUGAAAUACUUGUUUUUAUGUUGUGAGCAGCAAGACAGGAAGUGACCACGUACUGUAUGUUUGACUGUAGGGCUGCUCAGACAAUCAGAACACACCGCUCUGUAGCUCCAAACACACACACACAAACACACACAACAACUACAUGGUGCUGAUAGAGGGAACAAGGCUUUUACGUUUUUAGCAGAAUCUGUUUCGCUGGGCUGAUCGAUUGAUCGAUUAGACACCAAAAAGUACUUUUUAUGACGUUUAGUCUUACAAGGUAACAUCUACAGUCAUCUGUAGGCUCAUGCAAUAGAUUCAUAAGAUUCAUCAGAUUUAUCUUUAUACUAUGACGGUAACAGCUGCAACAAAACAGCACGGAUUAGCUCGCUAAUCUUUGUCACAUAUUAUCUGAAAUAACUCAGUUUGGGGAACAUCGGCGCGUAUUUGUCAUCACGUUUGACUCAAAUUACUUCAUAAAUAAAACAAACUCAACCUGGACUGAAGCGUCUACCUGUUAGCUGGCUAACUUCAUAGUUAGCAGUAUGUAGCUAGUAUGUAGCUAACCUGUGUUAGCAUGCUAGCUUUGUGCCUGUCAGCUGUUAAUUGGCUGAUCAUCACUGGUUAGUGCACAGCUAUUUGUUUAUGUUUAGCUGUCACUUAUUUACCUUUUCACUGGCUAGCAGUUAGCCUAGCAAACUUUAAAUCAGUCAGCUAGCUAUAGCUGGCUUGCUGUUUGCCUUUUUUGGCAGUCUGGUGGCUAGCCUUAGCCUUCUUUUAGCCAUAGCCUGUUAGCUCUCCACUGCCCAGCCUUAUGAAGCACAGAUUUAGAUUUUUAUGUGUUUAAGUUUUCAAAGAGACCAGAAGUACGUUUGUGUUGUCUUGACAUUUUGUUUCCUAUUUAAUUAACCAAAUGUAAUAAUUGACGACGCAAAAUAGCUGAAGGAGAAGAAGGUGGAGUAAAGGCAGUUUUAUGGAUGAAAUCAAAGGGCUGUUCUUGUUAGAAACCAAAGUCUUUCCUGUUUGAAAGUAGAAAAAUUAAAUCGCGGCUGCAGCAUGACAAGAAACAUCAUGCUAGGAUCUAAUUGGCUUAAAUUAAAUGUUAUAUUUGAUCAGUCUUAGAUGUAAAACGCUGCUAUAACCUCACUUGAAGCUAAAAGUCUGAUCAACAGACUGCUUCUGAUCAUUCAGAGGCAUUGUAAAUACUCUGAUAGAUUGAUGUUGAUCAAGAAGAAAAUGGAGAAAAAAAACUUUGAUUUGUAGCAGGCAAAAAAGAAAAAGACAUUCAGACGCAGAGCAGAGACGUAUUUGUUUAGAUGGACGUAGAGAAGAGUGAAAUGAACAGUCUGAACAAGGAAGAUGUUUUAUGAAACUUGAGCUCGGCCGCAGCAAACGCCUGAAGUUGCGUCAGGUUCUGGCCCCGAGCAGAGAAACUGAGCCAUCAGUCAUAUUUCAAACUGUCAGAAGAGGUCGGCUGGUUUUGUAGAGAUGUUUCCUUCUGGGUCGGUGGGUUUAGUCUCACGUGUAGGUGGGAACAGAGAGAGAGAUUUAAAUUUCUAUAUGAACUGAACAUAUCAUGAAGUCAUUCAGGCUCUGAAGCUAACGUGAUGUUAGCAUGUGACUGACGGGUUUUUCUUUCAGCAUUAAAGAUCCAUAUCCGUUAAAAAUAAACCUCAUACUAUCAGGAGAAAAGGCUCCGUCACAUCAGUACAUGUGAAGAAUGAAGCACACGCCAAUAUUUUCACAUUUCAUAGAUGUCAGAACAACACGAGCCGACGGACUCAAUGCUCAACUCAUCUAAUUCAGAUAAACGAGCAGAGCGAUGAUCAGCUGUCUCUUCUCCUUCCUUCAGUAAAGAGGACAGAUGAGGUGUCGAUAGCUGUGAUCUGUCAUUUUGGGCUAUUAAAAAAAAGACUGAACAGCUGAACAUGAAGCAUUAACACAUGAUGUACAACAUUAGCAAGACGCUACUAUAACGUACGUCAACAGCAGCUAGUCAGCUGUUGGCGCUCUGGUCCCGCCAGUUACAAACACGUUUCAGUUCCUGUCACUUCUUCACAAUAAAAGCCCCCCGGUAACUUGAUAUGUUACAGCUUUUAUUAUGAAGCAGGAACAAGUAACUGAACAGUUCUGCCUGAAACAGCUGAAAGUGACACGAACACAACAAACUAUCAAUGUGAUAAUGGGGGGGGGGAUAAUUCUUAUUUAUUUACUACAAUUUUAAUUACUAUUUAUUAAUCAAAUCUACAUAUUUACUAUGAUGUGCAGUUUAUGCCGUAUACUUGAAUGUGUGUGUCUGUGUUUGUGUGUGAGUGUGUUGUAUGUAGCAGUGUGUGUGUGUGCGUUUGUGUGUGUUGUAUGUAGUAGUGUGUGUGUGUGUGUGUGUGUGUGUGUGUGUGUGUGUGUCUCGAUGUUAUGAGAGGUUUUCUUAAAGCUUGUUCCCUCACACAAAAACGCGUACACACACACACACACAGAUAUCUAUAAACACACCAACUGUAUCCGAACACACUCAGCAGUUUGCGAGGAGGAGGAGGAGGAGGAGGAGGAGGCUGAGGAGGAGGAUGAGGAGGUCGUUGUCAUGUGCUCCCUCGGCCUGGCGACCACGAUGUGAUGUAGCACGGGGAGGUGGACGACAGCGACGUGAUGCACAGAAGGAACUGAUGAUGUAAAACACAGACACUACCUGCUCCGCCCAUCUCAGAGGAAGCUCCGCCCCCUCCUCCUAGACCUGGACAGGAAACAGGAAGUAACUGAAGGAGGAGGAGGAGGGGGAAGGGUGGAGGCUCCUCUCUGGUGUUUUUUUGUUUGUUUUUUUAAAGAUUUGAUUGGUUGGUUGAUUGUGUUUUUUAAUUUUUUAAAAAUUUUUUAGUGAGACGAGUGCUGAGAGUCGUAACUUUGUGCCUUCAGUAUCUCAACGCCAUGCCACGCACACCCAACACACACACUCACAGUGUGAUGUCAUGACAACAAUCUCUGAUAUAUUUAUCAAACUCAGAGAAAUCAGUCAGUAUCAACUUUUGAUGUCACAGAGACUCUGAGUUUUAGCGGUCAAAGUCUGCGUGCUGAUUGGCUCCUGGUUCGUUUCAGCAAAGCCCAAAGACACCAUGUGAACCCUUUGACCUCUGACCUCUGAAUCCUGACCCCUGAGAGCAGUGUGAUCAUGACAUAGAGGUGUAGCUGUGCAGAGAAAUGAAAGCUUCAUCAUUGCCAAGAAGAGUCUGGAGGCUCAGACGUAGCUCCACGUUAGCAUCCUCAAUAAUUAUUUGUUAAAUAAUCGUACCACUAGUUCUGUUUUAAAAAUAUAUAUAUAUUUCAAUAUGAGCUAAAAAACAAAAAAAACCUUUGAGGCAACAGAAAGAAAUACUGAAGAUGAAUUAAAGUCCUGUUUAUCAGAAGGUUGGUCAGAACUGUGCCAACACUGAAGCCAAGACAGAACUUUGGAUCUGAUCCAGUCUGUGAAAUAGAGGCCAUUUUGGCUCCCUGUGGCACAUCUCUAGCAGGAGGAUACUUGAUUCUCCCAGUUGUCUUGAAUGCAACUUAAAUAUCAGCUGCUGAAUAAGAGUGUUUAAUGGAAGCCCAGUCCUGCCAGGAAAAGAAGAUUGAAUUAGUACAUCAAAAAUGAACAUUACAAGUUCGAUUUUAGCUUAACUAUCGAUCAAUAUCUCACUUUGUUAAUGUUUUAUUGAAGCUCAUUAACACUGCGAAAAGUAAACUGGCUUAUGUCAAAAUAAAACAUCAGAAUAUUUGACUGAGUAUCAUCCUGACUCAUUGUUUUAAUCGUUGGUUUAAUUUCCUGGCAGAAAUCGGCUUCCACAGGGUUUACAGAGCCGGUGGCGCAGACCAACGCACCAACCACAGACUGUAGCUUUAAACUGAUGUCCACUCACAUCUACACGUGUUUGUGUGUGUGUUGGGGCGUGGGGGGGUUUUACAACAUGGCUGCACAAUGUACAGACACAUAUCAGCCAACUGUCGCCACUUGUCGCCUCAGGACAGACUGCUGACGACAGGGCUAAGCUAACACUAGCCGAUCGACCGCUAGCGUCCAGCCGCUAGCUGCUGCACUGAUGUUUUCUCUACAGUGAAGCUAACACUAGCCUACUGCUUACUGACUGCUAGUAGCACCUAGCACGUUUGUACAUGCUAGCUACAGCCGCAUUGAGCCUCUCAGAGGUGCUCAUGCGAACUGUUAGCGUUAGCAUAAAGUGGUUUUAAUACGUUGUUUUUUCAUGUUGGUACCUCAGACUGCUCAGUUAUCAUUAUUAUGAUUAUUACUGUUGUCAUUGUUGUGACUAACACCCAGGGCAUUUGGUUGAAUCUACCAAAGUGCAUUCCUUUACAAAGCUAGCAGAGAGCUAGCUGCUCAAACGACAGACAGGUAGGUGGGUAGAAAGUAGAACAGAAAGCACACAGUAAGUGAAAAGAGGUGAAAUCGGAGGGAAAGCAGCAGCUGACGUUCAGACGAUGAAGAGGGACGAAGGACGUGACGGCGUCUCUGUUCCGACAGGCUGCGCUCCCACAGGAACACGACGUCUGGUUUUGCUGACCUCUUGGUAGCAUUCAGAAAAAACAAGGCAUGUUUUUCUGAUCAUGUGUGAAAGCAGCUGUAGCCUAACUAGCCUGCUAGCUCGUUACCAUGCUAGCCAGUUAGCCUACUAGCUCGUAAACCGUAACGCUUCUAUGGGGUGUCUGUGCAGCCAGAGGUUAGCCGCUGUUAGCGUGAAGCUGCGCUGUAUUUCUGUGACGUUUGCCAGCUGGGUUUUUUGUGGAUUUUAUCUGUAAAUAAUGUGGAAAAUGUUUUUGAGUAAUUUGGGGGGUGAAUGCGCUGCUGUGCCACGCCGCG